CGUUGUGGAGGCCGAACCGUGGAGCACUCUUCGGCUCGGUCUUGUUUGGUUUCGUACGCGUUGUGUGUGGAGCUGCUCAACUCAGUUCGCGCCGAGACGUUGAACGGACUUAAUCUAAAAAGAGAGAAGCAUGUAAGACUCAGUUUUCAUCAUAUUCGCGAUCAUCGUGAUGAUAAACUAACCAAAAAAACAACCUCAAUCGUUAUAAUCAUAUUAAUAAAAAUUAUUACAAUUAAUUAUUGAUAGUAUAUAAAAGAAAAAUAUUUUUUUAAUUUAUUAAAAAUUCAAGUUACAUAACGAUUUUUGUAGGAACGAGUAAAAUCGAAAUCUUGUUAUUUUUUUUUUUGCUGGAGGGGUUGGUGAAUUCGUGAAAACGUGGUUUUUGAGAUGAGUUGAAUACGUGUGGAUGAUGGAAUUAUUAAAAUUAGAAUAGAACUUAGUUGAUAUGGUGCAGUGCCAAAAAGUGUUGUUGUUAUUUUCUUUGUGAGAUUAUCCGGAAAGAUGUUGGUUUUGGAUCGAUUUGGAAAAGCGUAAAAUUAAGGGCGUGAUGUGCCUGACUUGUACGCGUGGGUGGACCAUACUGCAUGUGCUCUGGAGCUUCGUUUACGUUUGUUGUGGAGCUGCUCAGUUGGUCUCCGGGAUUUUCCUCUUCGUAUCUGUGCCGUCUUUACACCUUAGCUCGAAUUUAUGGGUUGGCACGUGGGAUAUUUUGAUCGGCAUCGGAAUCGGAAUGUUGGCCUGCUUCUGUUCCCUAUCGAAACGAAGACAAGAAAUCCUCCUUUAUCUAACGAUUUCCAUUCUCGUUGCGAACGCCAUCAACGUCGUGAUUACCGAAUGGAGUUUCUACGUAAACGAUAUGAAAGAAAUGGUCGGAGCUCACCGAUACACCAUCCUCAUCGAAUAUGCUUGUUGGACAACAAGAGCUUCUUCAGCACUUCUAAUCUUCACAACAUUUUUGGACGCCCAAUUGUCUUUUUGUUCGAUUCAAACGGCCCCAAAACCACAGUCUGUCAAAAUGAAGAAACCGCCGCGGGGUUCUCACGAGCAGGUCUCAGAUAUUGAGUACAUCAUACCCAGGCGCAAAUCGUCCAAACCACCGUCAACGGCGACAGUCUGUAACGUGUACUCACAGAGUUGGGUCUAUGAUGCGGAAACCGCUAAUAAUACUUUCGGUAAUAACCAUCAUCAUCAUCAACAAGAAAACGGUUGCAACUAUCAAACUCAACGUGAUCAAAGCAGCGGUUUAUAUUUAACUUUACCACAAGAAGAGGUAUCAACAAAAAUCGUUAAAAGAAAAAAUUCGUUAGAUAAUGUGAUGGUUAGUAGUGAUAAAGCUCAUUUAAUAGAUAAUCCAGUUGUGCACAUAGAAGAAGCUUCCGAUGAUAGCAACAGUAACAAUGAUAGAAAGUUAUGUUACAUGAAGAGCUUUUCAAGAUCAACUUCCCCGGUGAUUAUAUCACCGAGUUCCUCACAAAUAAGUUUAAAUAAUCCACCACCUAUUUACGAAUGUCUACAAAAAUUAACCGAACCCGAAAUUUACCGAACCAGACUAACGAGUGCUUUAAGUAAUAAAUCAGAUGAAUAUCAAGCACCUCAACCCGUUAUGGUUCGCACAACUAGUCCUCAAGUUGAAAAGGUACAAUACGCAUCAUUAAUGAAAGAACUCGAAAAAGUUAUUGUAAAUAAAAAGGAGCCAUCACCACCUACACCUAGUAAUAAUAAUUUUCAAAGUUCUGAAAGCUCAACUUCAUCGUCGUCUAAACAAACUUGCUCUUCUCAAACAUCUAAAACGUCAAAAACAUCUAAAAGUUCUAAGAGCUCAAAAAGUUCCAAAAAUAGUGAUGCUGAAUUUUCGAAAGAAUUAGAAGCCGCACUUCAACUUAUUCAAGACUUAGAAAGUCCAAAUACAAUUGAAACGCCAUCUGAGCAUAAAAUUUUUGAUCCGAAUUGGAGGAAUAGUACAACAUCAAGCGAAGAAGAUGAAAAGACUCUCGCUGAAAUUGUAACACCGACCGAUGAAUACCAACCAGAACAACUAUCAACGUUCAAACCGGCAACUUUAAAAGGUCAAACCUCAUCAUCUAGAAACGGUAAGGGUGCUUGUAUUAUAAUCCACAGCGAAUCUCAAAGUACAUCAGGGUACAGUUCGCCAACACACAAGACACCCAAUUGGUCGACGACCUCCUCGGUAAACAGUAGUAAUAACGAUCAUAAUUUAGAUUUACGAAAAACAAUCGUUUCUUGUACAAUUCGUAAUACUAAAUCGUCAGCGGUUAUUUCAAUUUAUAAUAGUCCCGAAGAUAAUCAAAAAACCAAAAACGUUACUCUAGUCAAGAUUAAUGGUGGGGGCGAAGAAGAAAAGAUUUCACCACUUCCUCCCAAAACUCCCAAUUACGAACCAUCUUUAAUACAAGACAAUCACCAACAAAAAAUUAAAAAGGAUUCCACUAAUUUGUGGAGUGUCAAAUCGCUCCUAAGAAAAAAGAAGAACAACAAAACAAAAAUGUGUCCGGAAUUAGAAGAGGCGAUUAUUAAAUCGGAAAGUUUGGCUUACCUCAGCGAAAAUGAAUUGUUAGCAAGACAUCAACGUAACAAAGAUAUUCACAGGCAAAUAGAGCAACGAGUCCUCCAACAAUUGGGAGUACCAAGGAAUGAGUCACAAUGUUAAAAAACGAUCAGCAGAAGAAAAUACUUCAUCUUCAAAACUUUCAAGACUUUUAAAUAAUGACUUAUAUGUAAAGUCUCUCCUAAUGGUCGCUUUCAACAUCUUCUUGUAAAAUUUAGAACGCUUAAAACACCUAUACUGCGGUUAAAUACUUAGGGUAAUAACCCGUUGGUUAACUUUACAGAAAGAUGAUAAAAGUGGACUUAAAAGAUAUUAAUCUUAAAUAAAUUUAAACCCCAAAUCAACUUAGAACGGUUAUCCGGCUUCGUCCAUACUCUCAAUUAAUAACUAUUUAUAUUUUUCCAAAUGAUAAAGAUGUCUACACGUGUGUAUAUAUUGUUAAAUAGAUAAAAUAUAGUUUAUUUAUAGAAUA